CGAGGCCCGGACUGGGGUGGUGGUGGUGACGGACGCUCCUGGUGACGACAGAACGAGGACAACAAUCGCUGACGACGCAGCUGGGAGAGGUGUGAGGUGUCUGCAAUUCACACUGCAUACUUUGGAUCACAGCCUUUGAAUACGUCUUCAAGAUGGCGGCGACGGGCGGCCGCCUUCUCUUGUUGGCCGCCGUUGCCAUGGCAGCAGAGUCGCCGCUGCCCGACCUCUCAAUGAGCGUUCGGAAGCCGAUCACGGUCACCUCCGGCCGUGACGCCCUUCUCACCUGUGUGGUCAACGACUUGGGCAACCACACCUUGCUCUGGAAGAAAGUGGAGGACCAUGAUGGCGAAGAGAAGACAAUGAUCCUGACGGCGGGAGCGUACCGCGUCACCAAUGACUCGAGGGUCAUGGUGCUGCAUGAUAUCGGUGGUGAUGUGUUCGUUCUGGCCAUUCAGAACGCCUCUGUCAGCGAUACAGGAAUGUACGUCUGCGAGGUCAACAGCUCACCGGUGGUGCGCUCUUACCACCAGCUCACAG